CCUAAAUUUAUCCACCGGCCUAUUUCGAGACCAAGACUACGUAGAUAGGUAGUCUUCGCAAUCCGGCUGUCAAGCAUUGAACCAUGGAACCACGCGAGCAGCCACAUUACAGCAUUGAUGAUAGGGAAAAGAGCCCGAAUAGCGAACUCAAGGUUUAUAUCAUCGUGAUCGACUCUGACGAUGGUAGAACAUACGAGAAGCUCUCAACUGAUGCCGAACGCUUGGAAUACAUGCGUAAGCAUGUCCACGACAACUGGGACGUUGUCCAACUGGACACUGUUUUCUUCGAAGAUAACAAAGCAAGUAAAACAUACAAUAUCAAGAUCAACUCUCCAGAAUAUGAAGGUUUGAAGAAGUUUCUCCAGGAAGAUGAGAGUACUCCUCUCAUAGGGACGAAAGAAUUUGAUAUGGUUCAAUACUAUAGGGAACAUGCAACUUCGGUUGAGGAUGCGCCUAUAAGUUCUUGUGACCUAAAUAUGGGUGCAUAA